AUGAAGUUGGGGUGUUUUUGGUGGUGGGUGGUUUUAGUUUUGGUUCAGUCAUGCAGUAUUGGGUGCUUUGGUUGUUUGGAGCAAGAGAGAAUAGCUCUCUUGCGACUAAAAGCUUCAAUCAAUGAUCCAAAUGGUAAUUUUUUGCCAUCAUGGAACUCAGUCAACAAAGAUAGCGAGUGUUGUAAUUGGGAGAGAGUGAACUGCAGCAACAUUACAGGUCGUGUAGUUCAAAUUCGUCUUGAUACAGUGUGGACUAAGGCAGAUGAGUACCUUAAUGCUUCUUUGUUUCUUCCCUUUGAAGAGAUAAAGGACCUAGAUUUGAGUUUUAAUUUUUUUCGUGGAUGGGUUCCAAAUGAAGGAUUUGAAAGAUUCUCUAUGUUAAGUAAGCUGGAGGUGCUUUACUUGAAUUAUAAUCACUUCAAUGACAACAUCCUGUCAAACUCCACUGAAAUUGCUUCACUCAAGAAACUAGAUUUGAGUUGCAACAAUUUUAGUGGAUCAAUCCAUAUUCAAGAUUUCAAAAUAUUUAGCAAUCUGGAGGAGCUUUACUUGGGGGGAAAUAUGUUCGCUGACUUCGUGACAAUGGAAGGUUCAAAGAGCUUAAGCAAGCUAAAAAUUCUAGACUUGAGUUCAAACAACUUCAGUGCACGAAUUCUUGAGUCAAUGGCUGUGUUCCCAUCAUUGAAGAUUUUAAAUAUCGGACAUAACAAAUUGGAAGGAUCGGUUACUACUGAAGAGUUGCGCAGACUAAACAACCUAGAGCAAUUAUUUUUGCACGGUUCAUCCAUCGACAAAAGCUUCCUUCGUAAAGUCGAAGUUAUGGCUUCUCUUAACGUACUGACAGUGCAUAACUGUGGACUUAAUGGCAACUUACCAGCCCAAGGAUGGUGUGAACUUCAAAAUCUCCAAGAACUAGACCUCAGUGACAAUAACUUUGAAGGGAUACUACCUUCAUGUUUGGCAAACUUGAAAUCACUAAGAGUAUUGGAUAUCUCCGACAAUCACUUCAAUGGGAACAUUGCCCAAUCCCGACUAUCUAGCUUGACAUCACUUGAGUACCUUUCUUUAUCAAAUAACCACUUGUUGAACCCAAUCACAUUGUCCUCAUUUUCUAACCUCUCAAAUCUUAAGGCCAUACUAAGUGAUAACAACAAAAUAGUUUCUGAAACUUGGACUCCAGCCUCCCAAUUAAAGGUUUUCAGCAUGUCAAAGUGUUCAUUUAAUGGACUCAAUAAAACUCCUCCCAAAUUCCUUCAUUACCAAUAUCAUUUGCUAGAAAUUGAUCUCUCCCAUAAUAAUUUGACCGGGAAGUUUCCCACUUGGUUGUUAGAGAACAAUCCAAAAUUAGAGGUUCUUAGUUUGAGAAAUAACUCUUUUGUUGGGCCUUUCCUGAUGCAAUAUCAUUUUCAUCCUAGCAUCACAAGUAUAGAUAUUUCGGAUAAUAAUUUAAGAGGUCCAAUUCCGACAAACUUUGGUUUAAGUUUUCCCAAUUUGGAGAAUUUGAACUUGUCUAGAAAUGAAUUUCAAGGUAGUAUUCCUACUUCCUUUGAGAAUUUAGUCUCCCUAAAGGCUUUAGACUUGUCUGACAAUUGUUUGUCAGGAACAAUACUAGAGCAUUUCUCGAUGAGCUGGACCUCCUUGACGUACCUAAAAUUGUCAUAUAAUAAUUUUAGCGGCCAAAUAUUUCCUUCCAAUUUUAAUCUGACUAAGCUGCAAUUUUUACUUUUGGACAACAACAACUUCUCUGGAAAAAUCCCAAGUAGCAUCUCUAGCAAUGAUUUCUUAUCUAUUGAUUUUAGUAAUAACGCUUUGUUUGGCAUGCUUCCAAGAUGGAUGGGGAAUAUGUCAAAUCUAGGUGAAAUUUUGCUGGCAAAAAAUCAACUUGAAGGUCCUAUUCCAAUGGAGUUAUGCGAACUCGUUGGGAUUACCUUUCUUGACCUUUCUGAGAACAAUCUGUCUGGGUCUAUUCCAUCUUGCUUCAAUUCUUCAAGCAUCAAACAUGUUCAUUUGAAUAAAAAUAGACUAAGUGGUCCCAUUACAAGUGCUUUCCAAAAUAGCUCUUCUCUAGUUACACUAAAUCUCCGAGAUAACUACCUUACCGGCAACAUUCCAGAUUGGAUCGGUAGCCUCUCGUCAUUGAGCAUUCUUCUCUUAAAAGCAAAUCAUUUAGAGGGUAGAAUUCCAGUUCAGUUAUGCCUUUUACACAACUUAAGCAUGUUGGAUCUUUCUUACAAUGAGCUUUCUGGUCCAAUUCCUCAUUGCUUGAGUAACAUUUCUUUUAUGGCAACCAACCAAAUAUCUGAUUUUGGUGGUAUCUCCAUUUUUAAAAAUAAUUUCCAGAAGAAGUCACCAUUUGCAUAUUUGGAGACAAAGUUAGCAAAUAUACGAGAUGAGGAACUGGGUCACUUUUAUUCCUUCCAACUUGUCGAUGCUAAACAAGAAGUGGAGUUCACUACAAAGGGUAGAACUUACUCUUAUCAGGGAGACAUCCUCAAUUAUAUGUCUGGAAUUGACCUCUCAUGCAACAGACUAGCUGGUGAAAUCCCGUCUGAGCUCGGAAGCAUAAGUAAUAUCCAUGCACUUAACCUAUCACACAACAAUCUGAUAGGAUCAAUCCCUACAACAUUUUCAAACUUGAAGAAGAUAGAGAGUCUUGAUCUUUCCUACAACAACUUGGGGGGAAGAAUCCCCCCUCAACUAAUUGAACUGACCACUUUGGAAGUCUUCAAGGUGGCACAUAAUAAUUUAUCAGGUCCAACUCCAGAUAGAAAGGCUCAAUUUGGAACAUUUGAUGAGAGUAGUUAUGAAGGGAAUCCUCUUUUGUGUGGAGCUCCAUUACAUAAAGAAUGCACCGAACCUACAAUGCGAGCAGCAGAUUAUGGGGGAGAAGAAGGUGACAGUUUCAUUGACAUGGAUGUCUUCUACAUAACUUUUGCGGCAGCUUACAUAACAGUGUUGGGAAUUAUUUCACUUCUUUGCAUAAAUCCAUAUUGGCGUCAGGUUUGGUUAAGAUUCAUUGAAGUUUGCAUUGAUAUUUGCUAUGGUUUUGUUGCGGACCUUGUGGUCCGUUGCAGUGAGCUGGUCAAUUUCAGAAUUGCAUAGCCUUGCAUUUUGAUGUUGACAUGUUUAGUGUCUCUUCUUGUUGUUGUAAAAAGUUUUGAUUUGCAAGCCUUUAUGAGUUGUGUAAUUCUAGCUGACGAA